AGGCUGGGGAGGAGUAGGAGGUGAGAGUGCCUCGCACCAUGUUCUCUGGGUGCCCGCUGGGUGCAGUUUGGGAAAUGUUCCUCCUGUGAAUGGACGCACCAUGAACAUUUGGGAAGGGAUCCUGGCUUUCUUGGUUGUGGUCCUGAUCCUCGUGUCAUUGCUGUCCAACGUGCUGGUGCUGAUCUGCUUCUUGUACAGCGCCGACAUCCGCAAGCAGGUCCCGGGAUUGUUUAUCCUCAACCUGACCUUCUCCAACUUGUUGAUGACUGUCUUGAACAUGCCCCUGACCCUGGCUGGGAUCAUUUACAAGAAUCAACCGGGGGGAGAUCAGUUUUGCCACAUGGUGGGAUUCCUGGAGACUUUCUUGACCACGAACUCCAUGCUGAGCAUGGCAGCGCUGAGCAUAGAUAGAUGGAUAGCUGUGGUUUUCCCUCUAAGUUAUCACUCCAAAAUGCGUUACAAAGAUGCUGCUCUGAUACUGAGCUACACGUGGCUACACUCUGUGUCCUUCCCAAUAGUGGCAGCUUCUCUCUCCUGGAUGGGUUUCCAUCGCCUUUAUGCCUCUUGCACGCUGUACAACAGAUCAGAGGAAAGGACACAGUUUGUGAUUUUCACGGGGGUCUUUCACAUCCUCAGCUUCCUCCUCUCCCUCGUAGUGUUGUGUUUCACCUAUCUCAAAGUGCUGAAGGUGGCACGGUUUCACUGUAAACGGAUUGACGUGAUUACUAUGCAGACACUGGUGCUGCUGGUGGACAUCCAUCCCAGUGUACGAGAGCGUUGUCUAGAAGAACAAAAGAGACGGCGGCAACGAGCAACAAAGAAAAUCAGUACCUUUAUUGGUACUUUUAUACUUUGUUUUGCACCUUAUGUAAUUACAAGACUGGUAGAAUUAUCAUCCGUAGUCCCCAUCAAUUCUCACUGGGGAGUCAUUUCCAAGUGCUUGGCUUACAGCAAAGCUGUUUCAGACCCUUUUGUGUACUCUUUAUUACGACAUCAGUACAAGACGACAUGGAAGGACAUAAUAAACAAGAUUCUUAAAAGAAGCUCCAUAAAUUCCUCAGCCCUCGCAAGCGAAUCGCACAAUCAGAAUAUAUUGCAAACAACUGAAUGAGGAAGCUGGCACAGAAUCCCCACGAAAGAUGGAAGAAUACAAGGUGGUUGUGGGGGAGUAACAUGUAGCUAUCAUUAACUAAGAAAGGUCAUAGAAGUUAUUCACUGAAGCUCACAAUCUAGCUUGUAUCUCAUCAGCAGCCCAUGUAACAACUUUCAUAGUGAAGCUGGCUGCUUCACAUGUCCCUCUUUUGACAUGAAGUGUUGUACUUGAUACCUGAACCUGACAGCUCUUCAAACACAAAUAUCCCAUUGACUUCAGUGCAGGGUGAUGCAUCCAUAAUGAGCCAAACCCUGUCGUUAUUUGAGGGAGCCAUAGAAGUGGCAGGAGCAGAAGGUUGCAGGGUCCAUUUUAAUGCUACUCUAAAAAAGCUGUAGUGUAUAUCCCUGGCUUGCACAUGUUGCUGGCUCUGUGUGAUGCUCCACCCGAUCCCCCUUGCUAGAACUACAGAACAAUGCUCACCCUGGCUGCUUGAGUAGGUCCCUAUGGAAAAUCUUGUUAGAUCUUAAUAGAAAAUUAUCUAUCUGUUUACCUAUGUACUUAUAUGGCCCCUUUGCUGUAGUAUCUGAGGUCCUUUUUCUAUAUGCUUUUUUGAACUAUCCUGUAGAACUGAAUAGAGAAUGAUGUCUUCUAUAGAGGGCUAUAGGAUAGCUCAAGUAAGGCCAUCUUUCCUUAUUAAAUCCUGUAGGUUCUCAGAGUAAUUUCUGUAGAACUUCCUUGGUUUCCUCCCCAUGAAAUUCUAGAGGACUUUUCCCCAGGGUAUAUGGGGAUAAGAGGUCAGGGUACUUAUGUCCCUUUACUUAUGUCUGAACUGUAUAGAGAUAGGGGAGGAUUUUACCCAAUGACUGCAGGACUGGACUCAUUUCCCAGAAAGUUUUCAAAGAGUGUCUAGUUAUUUUCUUCACUGAAACUUUAUUAAUCAUGAAAAGCUGUAAAUUGUUACGAUUUUUGAUGGUUGGUUGUUUCCGGGGAGAAGUAGAAGGUGGUUUGAAGUAGAGAUAGGCCCAAAGCUGAAAUGGACUGGGCCAAAAAUCAUUCAUCCAAAUUCUCCUAAAUGUGUGGUCAAAACCUGGAUCAAGAUUUGAACUUUCCAAAUUCCAGGGUGUUAGAGUUAGUCCCUUAUAGAGCAAGAUUCGAUUUGCAGACUUCAGUCUGAACUCAGAUUUGAAGCUAAUCCCAUUUCUCUUUUAAAGGUAUGUUUCUUCUCAGUCUUUUAUUAAAGAACACUUCUGUCUUUAGCAAUCACUGAAUUUUCAGUCAGCUGUUAAUGCAGAUAUUCAUAUUGGCAAAACAUUCAGACAAAAUCAAGACAAUCCUAUGUACAAUAUUUCUAUGGGGACUUCAUUCUGUAUAUUACAUUUGGUUCAGUCCUUAGUAUAAGAAUCUUUACUGAGUUCAGGGCAACACAAUUCUGUUUUGCAAGUAUUAUUUGGUUGACUUUAUCUUUUAAUUAUAACUAUAGUCAGUAGAUGACUUCAUAAUUAAGUGACACAUACAUAUCUGACCCUGAAACCAUCAUCCCGCCAUUCAUUCAGAAUUAUAUUCACUGAUCAUCAGCAAUUGUCCUUUUGAUUCAGUGAAAACCAAGGUGGCAUAAGAUUAUCUCUGUACAUUCCAAAUGUUUUUCCAGUUAACUGAUAUGUAAAAAACAAGAACAAUAAUUAAUCAAUCCUCAUUUUUGUUACUGUAAUUUUAAAGUUAAUUGGUAGCACAUGAUGUCCUCAUUAUGAGACAAGGUUAAUUUUAAGUCAAGCAUAGCUGGUUUCAAAAGCCUCACAUGGUAUAUAUGUUUAUUAAAUAUAUCAAAAAUAUUUUUAUAAACUCACUCUUUGUGCCAGUAACCUAAGUGUUCUGAUACUGAGAUUAUGCUUCUCAGUUGAUUUUAGCCAAUUUUUCUGAUAAAGAGACAAAAUUCUGCCUCAGAUCUGCACCCUUAUCUCCAGAAAGUGAUUUACAGUCCAGACAUCUAAUAUGAAAUCAUAAUUACAUCACAACAAAAAUUAAUUGUCGAGGAAUAGAUUUGUAUAGUGUUCGGUCUAAAGUAGUCUGCUCCACAAAACCAGCUGAAUGUUUUGAUGAUGGUAUGAUUGCAGAUUUGUGCCCAGGAUACACCUGGAAUUGAAUGCAUAUAGUGAGAUACCUUCAUUCGUAUGAUUGACAUCUCUAUAUGAUUGGCAUCUUCCAAUAAUGGUUCAGGUCCUUGAUGAGAUUGAAAUUUUUUUGCUCUGUUCAUAUUCUGCAGAUAAAUAUGAAUCUGAGGGCCAUAUUGAGCUGAUGAGGCCCUCUGCACUGGAGGGCUCAAAUUCAUUCUUGGAGUAAGGUAGGCAAUGGUACUGCUCUCUCUUAUAUUUCUGCUACGUGCGGGGAACUUUAUUCCGAUCUAUGGGCUCCAUUAGCACAGGCUGAUAGGCUAAAUAAAGGUAUUGUCCUAGGUGGUGUGGCCAGGUACAUUUACCAACCAGCUUUGUCUGCUUUUUGGAAACACUGGUCCCUUACAGCUGUCCCACCUAGGCAAAGGAGGUUUGUAGCUGCUUUCUGCAACCUCCUGCACCUUGGGAGAAUGUCUAUUGUUGAGGCUUUAGUGAAAGCCUGAUCCAAAGGCCAUUGAAGUCAAUGGGAAUCUUUUCACUAAUUCCAAUUGGCUUUGGAUCAGGCCCCAAGUAUACAUGUGGGCAUUAGCCUGCAUAGAACCAUGGUGAAUUUAGCCAUUGCUCUAUAAAGAUCUCUCUUCUAUAGUGAAGUGAACAUAAACAAGCAUUCACAUACUUUAAAAAUGAAAUAUUAAACAAGGGAGAUUGACAACUACACUGUAAACAAAUAUUCCCAUGUUAACUAGUAAUAGUAGUCAAAUCAGUUGUAAAGGUACAUAAAAAGUUAGGGAAUUUACAUAAAUUUCCUCUGAUCCAACACCCCAAGUUUAGCCUCCUCUCCCCCAAAUCAAAUUGUCUACCUCAUUUUAAUAAUUUGAUUUAUUGGGCUUAACAUGAUUUUCUCAGGUGCAAUAAGUAGAAACAUUCUGUUCAGUAUUUUUUUUCUUAAGGACUUGUUUUAAUGGCUUGUUUGUAUUUCUGACAAGAGUCAGGGAGAAUGACUAACUGCUGUUAGUCAGUUUAAAAACUUUAAAGGGUUUAAUAUAGAUAAUUUUAUGUUCCAUAGUGAUCACAUUUGUUUAAGCGUAUUGCAGCUGGCUGUCUUAAGGCCCAUUCCUGUUGUCAAUCUGUGUAUGGGACUGCUAUUGAAGUCAAUAGGAGGUUUGCAUGCAGAACCACCAUAGGACUGGUUAAAUAUUCAAUACCGUCCCCAUAGAGAUUAACUUUUUAAAAAGAGCAAUCAUUCAAAAAGAGUGAGAUGACUUCUGAGCCAACCUUUACAAGAACUAUUAAGGCGGCUAGUAAAAGACGGAGAAGAAUAUAGACAGGUUUGUUUCAUUACAACUGUGUGUCACACUCAGUCCUUGGUUGAUUCAUGUGUCAUCAUGAGCAAUAAAUCUCUCCCCCUGUAUGUUGUGUAGCAAUUUAUCUUUCUUUCAUGGUGCCUUUCUUCUAGAAUUAACCUUAUAAGAGAAGCAAAUUUAAUUUCCUCAUACUUGCAUUUUUUAAACUUGAUACAGAUAUCUGACACAUUACCAUAUUUCUAGCGUAGGAGACAAGCUAGAGCUUUAAAUGCUGGUGCUCAAUAAACUGAUUCAACAUACAAAAUAAAAGAAAUAUCUGAACAUUUUGCUGAUAUUUUAUAGGAUGCUAGAAAUAUGAUUCAGUGGCUCAUUAAGUGCUAGAUAUUAAGCUGAAUUCUUACAGGCAAUGGGCAAAGUUUUCUAAAAUAUGUGCCUGAGUGAUGAAUGUACACACAAGUUACUAUGUGUCUAUUAUCACAUACUAUAUGAUACUUUCACUCCAGUGAGUUAGAAUAAUGAUGGCAAAUGGAAUGCACAAUAUUUUAUCUCUGACCAUGAAGCAGAAUUGCAGUCUUCCUGUGGGAAACGCAGCUGUGUAUGUAUGUUUUAUGUACAGUUGUUAUUUUAAACUAUUGGAAUAAUUUUUUUUUAGAGUGUGCAUAAAAUGUGCUCAGUAAACCUUGUAUUGCAUCUGCAAAAGUUGCAUAACUGCCUGUACAAGAUGCAGUUUGUCCUUUAAAAUCUGCAAUUCCAUAUUCUAUAUCCAUUUUCCACAUGCAUGUCCAAUUACCUAUCUUCCCAUGUGCAACUCUGUGUUUUGCAGACAGAACUUGGGUGGAUAUUUAUGAAAAUUUAGCCCAAUAUGGUAUGUAGCCUUUUAAAAGCAUGAGCUUUUUUUAUGUUCAUUGUCCUGUGGCAGGUGCUUAUAGCAUUUAAAUGGGUGUAUUUGGGUUAAUAAUGCAUUGCAAAAAACAAUAAGAGGUUGAAACUGAUCAUUCCAAUAAACAAAAAGGCCAGAUUUUCAGCUGGCAUAAAGUCAUCAUAUUUUUAUUCACUUCAAUAGAGCUAUGCUGAUUUAUAUCAGGUAAGGAUAAGACCCUAUGUAUGACUGGGUAGAUAUUAUUUAACCCAACCAUUAAAUUUCUUGUGGACAGAUUUUUGAAGGUGUUUAGGUUCUGAAAGAUUCAGAUAGACACCUAAUGAGAUUUCCAGAAGUGUCUAGGCACCUCACUUCCAUUCAUAAGUAUCUAGGUUCUUCUGAAAAUCCCACUAGGUAUCUAUCUUCAUCCUAAAGGUCUAAGUACUUUAAAAAAAAUCUGGCCCUAGGUAUGCAGGAUUUGUUUCUGAGCCCAUUGAGUAAACUGACAAAGUCCCUCUAAUUUCAGUGGUUCAGGAUCAGACCCGUUAUGAGAGGCUGCAGUUCCCAACUUUUUAGGAACUAGAUAUUCAAAAAAGUUCUCUGAAAGUGAUCCUUCCAGGCUGUGCUCGCAAUAUCUGCAGUAGGGCAGUGUCACCUUGUCUCCAUACUGAAAUCUGGAAGAAGUAAUUCACAACUCAUUCCUCAACCCCUAAAAAAUCAUCUAAUAGUAACUGUAGCAGGUUCCGACCUGACUAUCCAGCUAGCACGGAGUGCGUGGAGAGGACACAGGCUGUGUGAACAGUAUUGAUUCAAGUCCAUAGAAUGUUUUAUAUAAAAGGGAGUUUGGGAGGACCUAAAUGGCCCUUGUUUUCAGGUGUGUUCAAGUUUCCACCAAAACUAUUUACACAGACCAAACCAAGCCCUCUUUUGAGGGCACCAUCAAAAAACAUUUUGGUCUUGUGAGAAUCUGUUCUCCAGAGAUUUUCAGACUCAUUCUGUGAACCCAAGUGGCUCAGACAGUCUGAUUAAACCACCAAACAUUUAUCUAAAACUUAACCUCCAAACUCUUGUAGUUCACCUCCCACUAAUUUAUUACUCAGGUUUUAGACAUGACAAGCAUCCUAUUUUGAAUAUCUAGUCCUGUACACUUUCAGUUUGCAUUGUGCAGGUAUCGAAUACAACGUCUCAGAGGUUGUUUGCUGCCCACUCAGUACUGGAAUCAUCAGCCAAAAUUAAAUUCAGAUAAUCUAACAAAACUUAAAAAAGAAGCUAGACACUCCAUCUAAGUCAGCCUACCAUCACUAUUACUGAGCAUGUAAUACAAUACAGAAACUCAAGUAAGGCCUAGAUUCUUCAAUUACAUAUGCAUAUGUUUUAAUAGGGACUAGCCAUGUGCUUAUGUGUUUGCAGAAUCGGGGCCUACAUCUUUAGCAAUCUUUCCAAUACUCAGACCCAUAGAAGAGAGCUAAGGAUGAAGUGUUAGCCUUAAUUCUUUUUUUAAUUACUUUGUAUGGUUUAUGUCAGGCCACUGAUGAUACUUAUAGCCUCUGUGUGUGAACUUUUUAUUAAAAUCUACUGCUAAAAAAGAAAGAUGUUCCUCAAGGAGAUGUACAAGAGUUCACAUGGCAGGAAGAGCUGUUAAGGUCUGUACAAAAUGUCUACUAUUGGCCUCCAUAGUCAUUGCUGUGUAUCAUGUAAAUAUGUAUUUAGAGUUUACUUUUUCUAAAUGAGGCAUCUUGAUUGAACAAACUGCUAAUGGUUGUUAUGGUUUAUCGUAUAUAUCUAUAUUUACAAUGAAAAUGAUUGGCUGGAUAGACUAAUUGCACUGUCAAGAAUACGUGUAUUGAAAAGCGAAUACAUGGUUGGUAAUAUAUCAUGUGUACCACACCAUGCAUGUGCAGUAAUUCUGUGUAGUAAAAAUAUGAAACUUUGUUUAAGAAGUGUUAUCGCACAUGGUUUCAAUGUACCCAAAAGGCACAAGUCCACAUAAUUGACUAAUGCUCUACAAAAGCUGUAUUUUAAAAAAAACAAUUUUGUAGUUCUUGUUAAAUGCUGGAAAACUAUCUUCCAGUUAUUUGUAUACCUAGAGCUUUAAAAAUAUCCAGUAUUUUUAAAAAUAAGAUGAAUGUUAGAAAACCUCCAAAAACACCAACCACUUCUUUGGUUUCAGCCCAGCCAGAAUUCCUAGAGAAAAACUAAAAUAGUCCUUUACAAUGAAAAUGCAAAUACAACCCUAAUAAUAAGAAUACUAACAUAGGGCCCAAUUCUGUUUACACCACAGAUAGUCUCAUUUACUUUAAUUACUUUGCUCUUAUGGAUCCUGAUCCAAAGCCCAUUGAAGUCAAUUAAAAGACCCCAGUUGCUUUCAAUGGUCUUUGGAUCAGGUUCUCAUAGAGCUUUCUUAUCUUCAGAUCUCAAAGUAUUAUUAUCCUUGCUUUGCAGAUGUGAUAACUGAGGCCCAGAGAUGUUAACUGUUAAAGGAUCCAGAGCAAUGGAUGGUCAUUUGUUACAAAACAAAAUUAAGUGACUUGCCCAAGGUUACACAGCAGAUCAGUGGCAUUGUCAAAAACAGAACCCAGGUAUGCUAACUCCCAACCCCAAGCUCAUCCCAGUAAACCUUCUAACCAGAGAGUGUAAAAAUGGAGCUGCUAUACUAAAGAGAUCCAAGAGGGCUUCCCCAGAGGAGAUAUUUGAAAAUUCAGUAUCACAAAUUGCCUUGGAAAAGAGAAAUAUAUAACUAAAAGGUGCCUUGAUUUAUCUUUAUUUAGGUGCAGGGCAUUUUUCUAAAUAUCAGAUUUUUUUCCACUAUGUUUUUAUUUUCUUAAGAUCAUUUUAGAAAACAAAAUCCCAUAGACUUGGCAGUCACUAGUGAAUCACUGCUGAAUUCUUACAGGAAUGUAACAUAUUGCCAACAUUUCCAGAUGCAGUUCAGUAAAAAACUUUUCCUCAGGAUUAGAUUAUUUACCAAACAAUCAUUAACAAUGAUUGUGGGACCAAUCAGAAAACCCUUACGUAGUCCCAAUGGGACUACUUGGAUGAGUAAGAUUCAGCCACUCGACUAAAGGUUUGAAGGACCAGGCCUUUAUGUUUCAAUAAAUAUAAAAGAUGAUUAUUUCCAUGUCUACUGGUACCUAGCAAGUUGAUUAAGUUAGUUCUGAAAUACAGUUAACAGCUACUGUACCUGUGGAAUGUGUUGACUACUUCAGCAUUAAAAUGUGCCAUAUCAUUUAAAUUUAUAUUUGGGCUUCUUUAAACUCCUUU